UACAAGCGAUGCCCUCGCAUAUAAAGAGAUAUCCAUUCAGGGGUGUAUCUGUUGAUCUGUUUUCCCGGUUUGCAAAAUAAAGGAAUAAAGUUGCCGAGUAAGGGGAGAUAUUUGCUGACAAAGAGAGCCCUGAUGAAGGCGGCGCUGCUCUGCCCCCCUUCGGUAUAUAUUCUCUCAUCUACAGCUGUCCGAGCGAACGAGAGUGUUGGUUCUGCCACAGAGCCGCGUCAGACCUCAUGGACAAACCAUCAUGAUAAAACGAGCAGAUAUCAACAACAGCAACUUCGACUGGAGUGAGAAAAUGUUCCUGCAAGUGUCGCAGCGGUACAGCAGCAGGUUUGGAACUCGAAAGGAACUGGUUAGCGAGAGUCCAGCGGCGAAGGGUGAGCCUCCUCGGGACGACCACACCCUCGACGAAGGAACGAACGACCUCCCCGGAUCAUCCCGGGACCAGCUGAUCCCUGGGACGCCCGCUUCGGGGCUGUGGUGGUGGGACUCGAGCCUCCCGAUCAACCUGGCGGAGAUCGAAGAGUGCAAUGAGCUUCACCGUCGAGACCUGGUCGAUGACCUGGCUUACACAGGUCCCCCGCUGCAGUGUCGACCAGCACCACACGGGCAGCGGCACGAGCAAUGACCUGGUCACGAUGCUCCUCAACCUCUUGUGUAAUUCUUUCCUGGAAUUAAAGGGGGAUGUUUGCUGUAAAUAAAGGACCGCGUUGAAAUGUCUCCUUUACCCUGAUUAGCAUGUUUUUAUUAUCCCUGCAUGAACC